CGGUUCAUAAGGCCCUCGCGGGUACUCUCACUGUUCUCGUCACUUUAUAGCUUUCUGCCAUCAACUUCUUGAUCCAGCUACUAGCCAUCCCGUUAUCAAGCAUAUACUACGUCAGACACCAAGCCGCAACAUUCAUCAUGAAGCUCCUCGGGGUUUUGCUGGCCGCUCCUUUGGUCCUGGCUGCCCCUGUUCUCGAGUCUCGUGCUGCAUCCAUUCCAGACUCUUGGAUCGUCGUUCUCAGAGACGAUAUCACAGUCGCUUCUGCCACAACCAGAAUCGCUAAUCUCCUCGGCCAUGCUCCAAACAAAUCAUUCGCCAUCGGCUCGUUCAAGGGUCUUUUUAUUGACUCGCCCCAGCAUGUCAUCGAUCUCGUGGCCAGCUUGACAGAGGGUCUGGCGCGUGUUUCUAGUCGUCAGCCCGGAACAACAAAGUACGUUUAUGAUGAUUCAGCAGGGGAGGGUGUUCAUGCCUACAUUAUCGACACUGGCAUUUUCACAGAGCACCCGGAGUUCGAGGGUCGUGCCUCCAUGGGUGCCGCCUUUGUCGAAGGAGAAGACAUGACAGACGGCAACGGUCAUGGAACCCAUGUGGCCGGCACUGUUGGCUCCAAGACAUACGGCGUGUCCAAGAAGGUCUCACUCAUUGGCGUCAAGGUCCUCGGGGCAAACGGCACCGGCAGCACUGCUGGGGUCAUCUCUGGUCUUGAGUGGGCAGUCAACCAUGCUAAUCAGAAUGGAUGGAUGGAGAAGAGUGUUGCCAAUAUUUCCAUCGGUGGGUUGCGUUUUCUGGGUCAUGCAUUGAACAAAGCCGCCGCAGCAGCUGUCGAGGCUGGACUUUUCCUCUCUGUCGCUGCUGGGAAUUGGGGUCUGCCGGCAGAGCUCGUUUCACCAGCCUCUGAGCCCACCGUGUGCACCGUCGGUGCUACUGAUCGCAAAGACGUCCGAGCCUCGUUUUCGAAUUUUGGUGAUUCAGUCGAUAUAUUUGCCCCUGGCGUUGAUAUUAUAUCCACAUGGAACGAUGGCAACACGAACACGGCUUCAGGAACCUCCAUGGCUGCCCCUCACGUCGCCGGGCUCGCGGCCUACAUGAUUGGUCUCGGAGGCGACUAUACGCCCACGACUUUGUGUGAGCACUUGCAGUCCGUGGCCAAUAUGAACUCUAUCAGCCUGGCUCUGUCGAAGAACAAUCUGUUGGCUUAUAAUGGCCGAGCAUGA